AUGAAACUCUAUGUGAAAAGAGUAAAUGCAAAGGGUGGCGUCUUCACAAUCACUGUUGAUGGUAAAGAUACGGUAGCAAGUUUGAAGCAAAGAAUUGGUGGUGUUCUGGACCUGUUUCCAGAUGCUGUGCGUUUGCUUCACCAAGGACAUCCUCUCAGCAGUGCAGAGGCGAGUCUUGGAUCUUACGGUAUCGAAGAUAGCAGCCGAAUAAAUGUUGUUUAUGUUCCAUCUACUGACAUGAACUCGACAGUCCCAAAAGUUUUGAGCAGCUUUCUUUUUGAUCACUGUCCUCCAAAUGUCCUGCCAACGAUUACCGAGAGAUACCAAUUCAGUUUGGCAAAAAAAGUUAAAAGCUUCAAUUUGGAUGAAUUGGAGCGCUAUGCAAAGUUCAGGAACCAACACAUACCUUGA